UGACACGUUUGAGUUUUGAUUUUAUGGUGUAUAUAGGGCCUUGGAUUUUUAUGGUGGACGCGGUGGACGCAUGUGGAUGUGUUGUUAGAAGCUGCUGACCAUUUGUGUCUGGGACAUUUCUUAUUGACUAGCUUUGCACAAAUGGAAGUGCAAAGACACACAUGUCACACUAGUGCAUAGCAUUCUCCAUUCUUAGACAGUGAUGAGUGCAGAAGAUACUGGCUCCGGCGCCGAUUCGGUGACGGCCUCGCCACCGGAGCCGACCGAGGACAGUAUGGGGUCGGUGGAGGGCGGCACUGCCGGCUCCGACCGCCGCGGCUCGGCCGGCUCCGACUCCGCCGCGGACGGGCCCUCCACCCCGGCCGGGGGGCGGACCCGCUCCAGUGACUCGGGCGACAGUGGCGCCUCGGAGAGCGCCGGCCCGACGGCAGGGGGCGGCGCCGGGGCGGGACAGGCCGCGGCAGGUGUCGCUACGGAUGUCGAGUCGGUGUCCGACGGAGCAGAGUCUGACGACGCGACUGUCGGCGGUGAGAAGGCGAACUCGGGUGAGAGUGGAAAGGCGAACUCGGGUGGAAGUGAAAAGGCGAAGCCGGGCGGGGACGAGGUAGCGUCGGACUCUGCGGACGAGGUGAUGGAAGUGCCGGUUGAAGAGGGCAGUGCGGCCGCGGCGGCCCCGGACAGGGAGGCCGAGGCGCUGACUGUCGAAAAGGAGGAGCCGCGGCUGGCCGACGACCCGCACGUGACCGUGAUCGACAUCGACGUGCCGGCUGACCAGCCGCCGAAGAGCUCGCCGCUGAAGCAGAUCCGCGUCAUCUCGGCGGCGACGGUGAGCACGCUGGACGAGUCGGAGGAGGACGGUGACGACCCUGAGCCUGUGGAGGCCACCAACGGCGGGUCGCCGCCACCGGCGGCCGGAGGCUCCCGCCCGGCCACCGCCGGCAGCACGAAGACCGUCGGCUCGGUUGGCGGUGGUGUCCGGCUGAACGGACAGGCGGCGGCCGGCGCCGCGGCCGACUCGUCCAACGAAGGGGUGACAGUGGUGGUGGACCGGUCGCCGCACGCCGCUGUCGGCCUGCCCACCUCCUAUGGCAUCGUCACACCCAUCUACAAGGACGCGUCGGAGGCUGCCGGGGGCGGCAAGUCGCUGCGGCCGCUGGCGGUUCGGCCGGCCGUGGUGCCCGCCGGCACGGCGAUGGGCGCCACGCUCCUCUCCUCCCGGCACAGCAAGUGCAUCGGCUGCCACUGGGUGAAGCCCAUCAAGUACAUGAUGAUGGCGAACGGAGCCAAGAGCGGCAACGUCAUCUGCUCGGACGAGUGUCUGGAGCAGUGCGUCAAAAACGUGAAGGCGGGCCGUAUGAACAUCGGCAGCGACGGCAGCACGCUGUCGAUCCCGGCCGCGCCGCCGGCCGCCAGUCCGGCCACCAGUCUGACAGUGGCCAGCGUCACCUCUCUCUCCUCCCCCGCGGUGGCGGCCGCCGCCACGCCGGCCUCUGCGGCCGCCACCCCCUGCUCGCCGUCCGGCGGCGGCGGCCCGACCCCGGCCGGCGACGCGCCGACGGGCUCCAGCCGCAGCCGGACUGUCUGUCAGAACGCGGCGUGCGGCCUGCCGAUCCUGCUGAACAACACCUCCCAGCGGCUGCAGCGCACCGUCUGGGAGACGAUGGUGUUCUGCUCGCCUUCCUGCGCCGUCGAGCACCAGAAGAAGGACGGCUCGUCGUGUGUGUUCUGUAAGCUCGACCUGCCCGAGCUGGUCAUGGGCAAGUACUGCGUGCGCUUCGGAUCGGACGUGCGCCAGUUCUGCAGCAACCUGUGCCUGGACGGCUUCAAGAAGCGGCUCAAGGUGUGCAGCUACUGCCAGCGCGACAUCACGCGCUUCCAGGGCAGCUUCCUGGCGCCGGUCGGUAGUGCCGGCUCCCAUCAGUUCAAGGAGUUCUGCAGCCAGUCGUGUCUGACCCAGUACAAGACCACGCACAGCGAGGGCGGCAAGAAGCCGCCCGUGCAGGCCAACUGUUCCGUCUGUCUGAAGAACACCAUCAUCGAGCACAAGGUGGCCGUGCGGCCCGACGAGCCCGUCAAACAGCUCUGCUCGCAGAUCUGCCUCAAGGCGUACAAGUUCGCCAUCAAGGAUGAGGGCCCGCUCGACACGUGCGCCGUGUGCAAGUCGCUGCUGGUGACCAAAAACAUGACGCAGUUCCGCGUGUGGAACGGCUCGGUGGCGGCCAACCUGUGCUCGCAGAGCUGCUCUAACGUGUUCGUCCUCUGCAACCGGCGCAUCGUCUCGUGUCGCUACUGCAAGGUGAAGAAAUACAACUUCGACAUGAUGGAAAUAACUGCGGAAAAGGACGGGCUCUACUGUUCGGUGCACUGUCUGAAAAACUGCGGCAAACGCAUCGGACCUCGGACCACUGCCAGGGCAGUCAGCUGCGCGCACUGUCACACCGCAAUGGAUUCGUCGGCUCUCGUCAACACCAGCAACUCUCAGAACAUCUUCUGCGGCACCAAGUGCGCCAUGGCCUUCAAGAAGGCGCCGCGAGCCACAGGUUCGGAGCGCACCGGAGACUCGCAGCCCGUCUCCAACGGCGUGGCGCCGGCGGCGGCGUCCGCGGCGCUGCCGCAGAUUCAGUCAGUCAUCAGCCUGGCGGACGGCGCCGCGGCGGCUCCUGCGGCGGCCGGCGGGGCGGCGCCGCUGGCCGGCACGCUGCCCGGCGUGCGCGAACACCCGUCCUUGGUGCUGAUGCCGCCGCCGCCCGUCUUCAGGAGGAACGUCUGCGUCCAGGUGCAGCCGCGGAAGGGGGAGGACAAGCAGACGGCCACCGUCUCCACGCAGACCGACGCCUCCGGUCCGAUCGAGUCUGGGGCCGUGCUGCCCGUGCCGGUGCCCAUGUACGUGCCGGUGCCGAUGAUGAUGUACAGUCGGCCGGUGCCGGUACCCGUGCCGCUGAUGCUGCCUGUGCCGGUGCCGCUGCUGUGUGGCGCCGAGGACGCGCUCCGACUGCUCUGUGGUCUGCCGGCGGUACACCGGACUGCCGAGUACCGGCAGGAGGGCUCUCCGGGCCGGCAGGUGGCCGGGAAGCGGCGCCGCUCGGCCGGCUCCGUCUCUGACGACUCGGGCCCGGAGCCGGAGCUGGCCUACGGCUCGGACGGGCCCGCAACUCCGGACAGCGACGCGGACGGCUCCGACUCCGGCAGCGUGGACAGCGCCGGCCGGCCGCCGCCGCACAAACGCCGGAAAGUGGGCCCGCGCCGUCCGUCGCCACCGUCGCCGUCAGCCGUCGCCGUGGACGGGGCCGCUGCGCGGGUGGACCUGGCGGCGCUGCUGCGUGCGCCGCCCACCGAGCCCCAGUCGCGGCUCGGCGGACCGCCGGAGGCAGGGGACGACGCCGCACCGCAGCGGACAGAGUUCGUGGGACCGGUGGACGAGUCGCUGCCCUGCCACCGGAGCGCUAUAAAGUACACGUGGUGUGUGCGCGUGUUCGAGCAGUUUAUCCGGGAGCGGAACCGCCGGCCGCCGCCGGUCUGUGACUCCGACUCGGCUCAGUCCGGCACCGACUCGGAGACGCACGAGCGUCUGGUGGCUGAUCCGCUGCAGGCCACGCCCUCGGAACUGGCGGCCGGCCUGCGCGCGCUGGUCAGAGAGCUGAGGAGGCCCGGCGGUGAGCCGUACGCACCCGACCUGCUCCACUACCUGCUACUUGGGAUCCAGGUGUACCUGCUGGAACACCGGCGCUGGGACAGCCUGUUCUGGGGCGAGUCGUACGCAGAGGUGGGCGCCGCACUGCAGGAGCGACUCGAGCCGGUCGUUGAGGACAUCAGCAGGGCCGAGGCGGACCCGCGGCGGCACGUGCUGACCACCCACGUGGAGGAGCGGCAGCUGUGGGAGGCGCGUGUGCUGGGCGCCCACUCGCCACAGUCGCUGGUCACCACCGUCAUCUACUUUGUCACCAAGUACUUCCUCAUCGGCUCGCUACAAUGGCACCAGAAGCUCAGCUUCGCCAUGAUCCAGGAGAGCAUCAACCUCAAGAGCCGGCUGAAGCAGAGCUCACUGCGGCUGCUGGACUCGCGUAACGUCUACAAGCGAAGUAAGACGUUCGAGAUGCCGGCGAACCAGGAGGACCCGUUCCAGUGUCCGGUGCGCUUCAUUGAGUUCUACCUGAGUCGGUGUCCGGCGGCGGAGCGCAGCUCCCGCUCUGCGCCGCUGUACCUGACGCCAGCCGCGGACGGGCGGCCCGACGGCGACGCGUGGUUCUCGUCAGAGCCGCUGGCGGCCGAGGCGCUGCGCCAGGUGAUCGCCCGACUGCUGACGGUCCGCGAGCUGCAGGCGGCGCUACUGGGCGCUACCGGCGGCGACGGCUCGUGACGGUCAGUCUGAGACGCGGCGCGGUGCGCCGUGCCGUCUGGGAGGACCCGACUGCCAGGCCAGUCAGCCGGCCCUCGGCCGAGCUGACCAAUCAAACCGCUCAGAGGGGACGGCAGGGGUCACCCGGAGACUGCCUGGUGCCUGUAGAGUGCUCCCUUCCGGUUAAUCACUCCGGGAGGGGAGGGGGAGGGGGAUGGAGCGAUAAGCUGUCUGUUGGUUGUUGCAACGAGUAUGAAGAACAGCAUCGAACUAGAUUAGUUGGAACAAGUUGCUGAGUUGGUGAAGUACAAGUCUGUCCUGUUCGGCGGUCUGGAUGACGCCGCCGCCCCGCCAGUGACUGGUACGGACUCGCGUGGGGACGGAGGCGUCCGUCAGGCCGACGUUGGCGAUCCCCGAGCCACUUUCAGAUAUCGUUUUGUAGCGUGUGCACCGCUGUGUGGAUCCCGCCCACCACUCUGCGAACUCAUUCAUCCGGUGUUUUACAUGUUGGUGCGUACCAUUCCGUUUCACGACGCACCGAUGCCGUCUCAUCCCGUGUUGCUCCUUACCUGUAUGAUAUUUGCCGAGAGAUGGCGCGAUGUGUCACGGGUUGGGGUGUUUCUGGCGGGUGUUCUUCAGCAUUGCGCUCACAAUUGUUGGAUGAGUGUUUUGUUGAACAUCAAACGACCAGCACAAUAAAUUGUCGAUAAUCUGUGCAGAGUUUGAUACAGGCCUGUUGAUCCAUACAGGCAAGACAAUGGAGACGCAACUUUGGGCACGCUGUGUUGUUUCUUAUGCAAUAUACUAUACAUGUUUCUCA